CACCCAACACCUACAGGUAAAGGUGUAUGCAAAGAGAACUGCGGGGGAAGGAGGAAUUAACAGUUGGAAAAAUUCCGGAUACCGCUGCUAUGGCCGAGUCUCAGCUUCUGUGCAUGGACGAAGAUCAUGUCAACGAAAAGAUACCCGAAUCCAAAGCUGAGUUCUACUACUGCGAGGAGCAUCGAGCCGCGCUCGAGCAACUAUUGAAGAACGGUGAUGGCGCGUUCAAGAUGCGACUGAAAGAGGACAACGUCAGAGACUUUCUAUCCGCCCGCGAGAUUAAAUGGAUUCGAAAAACUUUUGAUGAAUAUGAUUCCGAUAGUGAGUCCGAGAAGGGCGAAUACGAAAAGGCUCAGGAGUCCAAUGCAGACUCGGGGGUCCACUCCACAUACUGGCCUCAGAUGUCGGACACGGAUGUCCCGCCGCUUGACAUCGGCUGGCCAGGCAGCACUAGUUUCUAUAAAGGUGUCACUCGAGUAUCCGUUCAUACCCACCCACCCAAAAACAAGGGGCCCCAUAUAAAAGAGGUUGUCAGGAGACUCAUUCAAGAAUCAAACAAGGUAGUAGCCGUGGUCAUGGACCACCUUACAGACCUGCAGAUCCUUCAGGACCUAUUGGACGCAGCACAGAGGCGAGGGGUGGCUGUGUACAUCAUACUGGAGGCUCGUGGUAUGCCCCACUUCCUGGAUAUGUGCACUCGUUUACAGAUCACUGCUCUGCAUCUACGGAACCUGCGUGUGCGAACGGUGAAAGGUUCUGGGCUGGCCCUGUCAUUUGGCAGGCUGCCCGGCUCUCUGUGCUCCAAAUACAUGCUGGUGGACGGAGAAAAGGUUAUGUUUGGCUCUUACAGCUUCACAUGGAGCUCGUCUAGGAUGGACAGGAACACCAUCACAGUAAUGUCUGGGCAGGUGGUGGACUUCUUCGACAAUGACUUCAGGGAAAUGUAUGCUGUAUCUGAGAAUGUGGACCUUUACAAGGAGUUCCACAUAACCAAGCCUCCCAUGCCUGCGCCGGUACGGAAGGUGGUGGUCCCCAAGCCCCUGUUGAUAUCCACCUCCCGUUUCCAGGUGUCUCUAGGGGACUCUCGGGGGCAGGCUGACCAGAGGGUGCCUGCACAUAAAUACCACAACCCUAAGUAUUCUCUGGUGGUGGGGAACAGUCUCGGGCUCACUGGGUCCUUACAGGACCUCUCCACACUCAGAGACUCACUGGGCGGUGGACUCGAACGGAAUGGACUGUCGACGCUACUCCAUGCCAAAGGGGGCAGUAGUGUGGAACUGGACACGGUCACUGCGAAGUCCCCCAGUUCUACUGUGGAGGAUGAGGAGGAUGGGAAGGGAGGUUCGCAGAAGCACCAGGUCUUAGGUGGAAAGAAACAACGCAGUUCUUUCAGGCUCUUCCUGAAAGGCAGAGGAUCCAAUCACAACAGUGAGACUAUAGAGGAGGAUGGGGCCACUCCUUCAAGCCCCUCCUCCACCCGCCCAACCCCUAGCCGCCCAACCCCCACCCCUAGCCACCCAACCCCCACACCUAGCCACCCAACCCCCACCCCUAGCCACCCAACUCCCUUCCCUAGCCGCCCAACCCCCUCCCUUGCCCAUCGAACCCCCUCCCCUACCCACCCAACCCCCUCACUUACCCACCGAACCCCCUCCCCUUGCAACCCAAACCCCUCCCCUACCCACUCAACACCCUCCCCUACCUGCCCAAACCCCUCCCCGACCCGCCAAAACCCCUCUUCUACCCGCAAAGUCUCAGAGACGAAUAGCACUGCCACUGAUGACUUAUUUGAGAUGGUAGAGAAACCAUCCCUGUUGAAAUUUAAGAACAAAAAGCCUUCAAAACUGCCUCAAAGAAGUAUGUCUCUAAUGACCCUCAACAAAGGAGAGGAUGAUGGAAAGGGACACAAGAAGCCUUCCAAGAAGAACUGCAUCCAGUCCUGAGAUGAAGAGAGGGAGGACAGGAUCAGCUGGGAGAGACAGAGCCAGAGGACAUUUGAAGUAAUUGCCAUUAUCAGAUGCCGUAUUAGAUGUGGAGUAGGAGUAUAGUGAUUACAUGUCAUGGCUGGAGUAUAGUAAUGAUGGCAAGAGUAUAGUAAUUACAUGUCAUGGCAGGAGUAUAGUAAUGACAUGUCAUGGCAGGGGUAUAGUAAUUAUUACAUGUCAUGGCAGGAGUAUAGUAAAUACAUGUCAGGGCAGGAGUAUAGUAAAUACAUGUCAGGGCAGGAGUAUAGUGAUAACAUGUCAUGGCAGGAGUAUAGUAAUUACAUGUCAUGGCAGGAGUAUAGUAAAUACAUAUCAUGGCAGGAGUAUAGUGAUUACAUAUCAUGGCAGGAGUAUAGUGAUUACAUGUCAUGUCAUGAGUAUAGUAAUGACAUGUCAUGACAGGAGUAUAGUAAUUGCAUAUCAUGGCAGGAGUGUAGUAAUGAUAUGCCAUGGCAGGAGUAUAGUAAAUACAUGUCAUGGCAGGGGUAUAGUAAUGACAUGCCAUGGCAGGAGUAUAGUAAUUACAUGCCAUGGCAGGAGUAUAGUAAUUUCAUUCAUGGCAGGAGUGUAGUAAAUUCAUGUCAUGGCAGGAGUAUAGUAAAUACAUGUCAUGGCAGGAGUGUAGUAAUGACAUGCCAUGGCAGGAGUAUAGUAAUUACAUGUCAUGGCAGGAGUAUAGUAAUUACAUGUCAUGGCAGGAGUAUAGUAAUUACAUGUCAUGGCAGGAGUGUAGUAAUGACAUGCCAUGGCAGGAGUGUAGUAAUGGCAUGCCAUGGCAGUAGUGUAGUAAUGACAUGCCAUGGCAGGAGUGUAGUAAUGACAUGCCAUGGCAGUAGUGUAGUAAUUACAUAUCAUGGCAGGAGUGUAGUAAUGACAUGCCAUGGCAGUAGUGUAGUAAUUUCAUGUCAUGGCAGGAGUGUAGUAAAUUCAUGUCAUGGCAGGAGUAUAGUAAAUACAUGUCAUGGCAGGAGUGUAGUAAUGACAUGCCAUGGCAGGAGUGUAGUAAUGACAUGCCAUGGCAGUAGUGUAGUAAUUUCAUGUCAUGGCAGGAGUGUAGUAAAUUCAUGUCAUGGCAGGAGUAUAGUAAAUACAUGUCAUGGCAGGAGUGUAGUAAUGACAUGCCAUGGCAGUAGUGUAGUAAUUUCAUGUCAUGGCAGGAGUGUAGUAAAUUCAUGUCAUGGCAGGAGUACAGUAAAUACAUGUCAUGGCAGGGGUAUAGUAAUGACAUGCCAUGGCAUGAGUAUAGUAAUUACAUGCCAUGGCAGGAGUAUAGUAAUUUCAUGUCAUGGCAGGAGUGUAGUAAAUUCAUGUCAUGGCAGGAGUAUAGUAAAUACAUGUCAUGGCAGGAGUGUAGUAAUGACAUGCCAUGGCAGUAGUGUAGUAAUUUCAUGUCAUGGCAGGAGUGUAGUAAAUUCAUGUCAUGGCAGGAGUACAGUAAAUACAUGUCAUGGCAGGAGUAUAGUAAAUACAUGUCAUGGCAGGAGUGUAGUAAUGACAUGCCAUGGCAGGAGUAUAGUAAAUACAUAUCAUGGCAGGAGUGUAGUAAUGACAUGUCAUGGCAGGAGUAUUGUAAUUACAUAUCAUGGCAGGAGUGUAGUAAUGACAUGUCAUGGCAGGAGUAUAGUAAUUACAUAUCAUGGCAGGAGUGUAGUAAUGACAUGUCAUGGCAGGAGUAUAGUAAUUACAUGUCAUGGCAGGAGUGUAGUAAUGACAUGCCAUGGCAGGAGUAUAGUAAUUACAUAUCAUGGCAGGAGUGUAGUAAUGACAUGUCAUGGCAGGAGUAUAGUAAUUACAUGUCAUGGCAGGAGUGUAGUAAUGACAUGCCAUGGCAGGAGUGUAGUAAUGACAUGCCAUGGCAGUAGUGUAGUAAUUACAUAUCAUGGCAUGAGUGUAGUAAUGACAUGCCAUGGCAGUAGUGUAGUAAUUUCAUGUCAUGGCAGGAGUGUAGUAAAUUCAUGUCAUGGCAGGAGUAUAGUAAAUACAUGUCAUGGCAGGAGUGUAGUAAUGACAUGCCAUGGCAGGAGUGUAGUAAUGACAUGCCAUGGCAGUAGUGUAGUAAUUUCAUGUCAUGGCAGGAGUGUAGUAAAUUCAUGUCAUGGCAGGAGUAUAGUAAAUACAUGUCAUGGCAGGAGUGUAGUAAUGACAUGCCAUGGCAGUAGUGUAGUAAUUUCAUGUCAUGGCAGGAGUGUAGUAAAUUCAUGUCAUGGCAGGAGUACAGUAAAUACAUGUCAUGGCAGGGGUAUAGUAAUGACAUGCCAUGGCAUGAGUAUAGUAAUUACAUGCCAUGGCAGGAGUAUAGUAAUUUCAUGUCAUGGCAGGAGUGUAGUAAAUUCAUGUCAUGGCAGGAGUAUAGUAAAUACAUGUCAUGGCAGGAGUGUAGUAAUGACAUGCCAUGGCAGGAGUAUAGUAAAUACAUAUCAUGGCAGGAGUGUAGUAAUGACAUGUCAUGGCAGGAGUAUAGUAAUUACAUAUCAUGGCAGGAGUGUAGUAAUGACAUGUCAUGGCAGGAGUAUAGUAAUUACAUAUCAUGGCAGGAGUGUAGUAAUGACAUGUCAUGGCAGGAGUAUAGUAAUUACAUGUCAUGGCAGGAGUGUAGUAAUGACAUGCCAUGGCAGGAGUAUAGUAAUUACAUAUCAUGGCAGGAGUGUAGUAAUGACAUGUCAUGGCAGGAGUAUAGUAAUUACAUGUCAUGGCAGGAGUGUAGUAAUGACAUGCCAUGGCAGGAGUGUAGUAAUGACAUGCCAUGGCAGUAGUGUAGUAAUUACAUAUCAUGGCAGGAGUGUAGUAAUGACAUGCCAUGGCAGUAGUGUAGUAAUUUCAUGUCAUGGCAGGAGUGUAGUAAAUUCAUGUCAUGGCAGGAGUAUAGUAAAUACAUGUCAUGGCAGGAGUGUAGUAAUGACAUGCCAUGGCAGGAGUAUAGUAAUUACAUAUCAUGGCAGGAGUGUAGUAAUGACAUGCCAUGGCUGGAGUGUAAUAAUGACAUGCCAUGGCAGUAGUGUAGUAAUUACAUAUCAUGGCAGGAGUGUAGUAAUGACAUAUCAUGGCAGGAGUGUAGUAAUGACAUGCCAUGGCAGGAGUAUAGUAAUUACAUAUCAUGGCAGGAGUGUAGUAAUGACAUGCCAUGGCAGGAGUAUAGUAAUUACAUAUCAUGGCAGGAGUGUAGUAAUGACAUGCCAUGGCAGGAGUAUAGUAAUUACAUGCCAUGGCAGGAGUGAAGUAAUGACAUGCCAUGGCAGGAGUAUAGUAAUUACAUAUCAUGGCAGGAGUAUAGUAAUUACAUAUCAUGGCAGGAGUAUAGUAAUUACAUAUCAUGGCAGGAGUAUAGUAAUUACAUAUCAUGGCAGGAGUGUAGUAAUGACAUGCCAUGGCAGGAGUGUAGUAAUGACAUGCCAUGGCAGGAGUGUAGUAAUGACAUGCCAUGGCAGGAGUGUAGUAAUGACAUGCCAUGGCAGGAGUAUAGUAAUUACAUAUCAUGGCAGGAGUGUAGUAAUGACAUGCCAUGGCAGGAGUGUAGUAAUGACAUGCCAUGGCAGGAGUGUAGUAAUGACAUGCCAUGGCAGGAGUGUAGUAAUGACAUGCCAUGGCAGGAGUAUAGUAAUUACAUAUCAUGGCAGGAGUGUAGUAAUGACAUAUCAUGGCAGGAGUAUAGUAAUUACAUAUCAUGGCAGGAGUAUAGUAAUUACAUAUAAUGGCAGGAGUGUAGUAAUGACAUGCCAUGGCAGGAGUAUAGUAAUUACAUAUCAUGGCAGGAGUGUAGUAAUGACAUAUCAUGGCAGGAGUAUAGUAAUUACAUAUCAUGGCAGGAGUAUAGUAAUUACAUAUCAUGGCAGGAGUAUAGUAAUUACAUAUCAUGGCAGGAGUGUAGUAAUGACAUGCCAUGGCAGGAGUAUAGUAAUUACAUAUCAUGGCAGGAGUGUAGUAAUGACAUACCAUGGCAGGAGUAUAGUAAUUACAUAUCAUGGCAGGAGUAUAGUAAUUACAUAUCAUGGCAGGAGUGUAGUAAUGACAUGCCAUGGCAGGAGUAUAGUAAUUACAUAUCAUGGCAGGAGUGUAGUAAUGACAUGCCAUGGCAGGAGUAUAGUAAUUACAUAUCAUGGCAGGAGUAUAGUAAUUACUUGUGCUGCUCAUUCUAUGUACUACUGUAAUGUUCCUUAGUGAGACUUGGUGUGAGACUGUCGACCACCACUGCCUUAUCAGUUAGAGUAGUGAGAGUCUUCAAUGCCAGACCCACUGCCUUUAAUAUGAGCCUAAUGUUGUUGUUUAGCAGGAGUGAUCUGAUGCCACAUACCAGUGAGUGUCUCCUGAGUCCUGCCCGUCUCAGAUGGCAUUCACCACCUGUGUCAGGGAAAUGCCAAUACAGACUUGAUCGGUCAGUCAUUCGAUGCUUGAAAACUGAUCUUAUGUUACUGCUCACAUGUCAUAAGAAAUCAACAUGUUGUAUUGCUCUUCCCUGUAUCACUAUCAUUGAAACGGCUGCUUUUAAACCUAAAUAAAUGGAUGGCGUUAAAAACACAUCUAUCCCAGGUAUAUAUCUAUUCUGAAUGUGUCUAUCCUUCAGGUUACUAUGGAGAAGGAAAAGUGAUCAGCUCUCUUCUCUCACACAAGGUAUCACCUUACCAAGGGCAUUUGUUAAAUUGUUAGUGGACUGUAGUGUCUGAAUAAUGGAUGUUGUUUUAACAGAUCAGACACCGAUCAAACACUUCUGUGUUAACAUACAUACAUUGUCUCUAAACCUAUGUGACAUUAUAAACAUGUCACUGGUCCAUGGCUAUAUCUGUCAUCUUAAUAAAAAAGAAGCAAUAGGGACUAAGACAUAUUUUGCUUAUUUUUUAUGCAUAGCAAUUACAAAGAGCAAAGGACAUUUUCUCAUUGAAAUUAUAGUGUGAAGUCUUGUAUAUAAAAAUGCCAAAGAUGUAUGAGACCACACAUACUUCAUGUAAUUGACUGACUUCCUAUCUCUGAUGUGUGACUGUUGUUUUAUAUGAAAUCAUAAUAUUAAAAAUAACUUGUCUA